GUCCCUCAAACGUGAACUCCGCUGGCUGACCAUUCGUCGAGAGGUUUGCGCGAGAUUCUAGACGCGACGCCUCUUGGUUUAUAUACACAUUAUACAAACACACAUCUGCAUUUUAAAGAGGAUCACAAAUCUAAAAUGUCAGUAUAUAGAUGUGCGCCAGUGUUUGUAUGUAUGUCUAUGCGUCUAUGUCUUCUUCACCCACACACCAAAAUACCGAAAAGAAACUUGUGUGAUCGGGCCUGGGUCCAUGAGCCAACGAGAUGAGAUGUAAGACUAUAGGCCGCGGAGAUUUCUUAUUUCUGCUCUGGUAAAUCUGUCGUCCCAGUCAGUGAGGCAACGAAGAGCGAGCUGUGCACCAGUGACCGUGUCCACUUUGUUGUCGUUGACGUUUUUCCAUUUGACUUCAUUUUAACUGAUGUCAAUUUUAUCAAUCAUCAGAAAGUUGCUUUCCAAAAUCUUUCUUCUUUCAUUCGAUGAAUUGUAUACAAUAUCGAGAGUGGGAUAAAUCUGCAAAAAAAAACAGUGUUUAGAAUUUUUGUAAUUUAUGUUCUUCACGUAUAGACAAUUUUUAUUAAAUCAAUGUCGAUUGAUAAAUUUUAUGUUAAUUGACAAACUGUAGUUUUAAUUGCAGUUUCAAAUAGAAAUUUUAAUUUUAUUUUUUAUUUCUCGUUUUUCUUUCUGUGAAAAGUUUAUGACGAUGGGACAUUGUGUUUGAAGAGCGAAGAGAAGAAAAAAUUGAAUGUUUAACGAGAAUCAGAUUUAAGCAACAAGUGAAAUUUAAUUUCGAGUUGUUUAUGUAGCCGACGGGUCAACUAUUUUCUUCCCCCAUGGAUCCUAUUGUUUUAGAGAAUAAUCCAAAUAUCGGAGGACAGCAACAUCAGCAAUCGCAACAGCAACAACAACAACAAUAUGGUGAGGUGAAUCAACUGGGCGGUGUAUUCGUAAACGGUCGACCUCUGCCAAAUGCCGUUAGAAUGAGAAUUGUCGAAUUAGCUCAACUUGGAAUCAGGCCGUGUGACAUUUCGAGACAAUUGCGAGUCAGUCAUGGAUGUGUCAGUAAAAUUUUAGCUCGUUAUCAUGAAACUGGAAGUAUUUUACCGGGUGCAAUUGGCGGCAGUAAACCUCGUGUGACAACGCCAAAGGUCGUUCAAUACAUAAAGCAAUUGAAAUCCAAGGAUCCGGGAAUUUUCGCCUGGGAAAUUAGAGAUCGAUUAUUGUCCGAUGGUAUUUGUGACAAGUACAAUGUUCCCUCAGUGUCCAGUAUCUCGAGAAUAUUGAGAAAUAAGGUCGGCGCUGCCGCGGCAGUUGCGGCCGCCGCCGCUGCAGCAAUUCACCAUCAUCCGCAUCAUCAUCAUCACCAUCAUCAUCUUUACGCAGCGGCCGCCGCGGCUGGAGCUGCUCUCUGUCCUGUUCCAUAUCCCCCGACGCCUUAUCACACCGCACCGCCUUCUGUCACACAUCAUCAUCACCAUCAUCAAGUGGGCUUAACAACUGCAAGUACGGGGAGUAAACUCUCAACGCCAUCGCCACCGACGACGACAACAUCGGCAAAUUCUCUUGGACAUCAUCAGACGAAUUAUGGAGUCCAUUGGCCGAGUUCGCACUCCGUUCACGAUAUUCUCUCAUCAUCGGUUCCAUUAGUAUCGAACUCCACUGCUACAUCGUCGGCCCUCUGUUCGAUUAACCAAAAUCAUCAUUUAAACAAUAAUAAUAAUAAUAGUCAUCAUCACAAUAAUAAUAGUAGUGGUGGCAGUAGCAGUAGUAUUGCCAGUAAUAAUGACGAAUCAUCACCUUCGAAUUAUCAUUAUCAUCAACAGUAUUACGCGUCCGCACUCUAUCACCAUCAUCAUCAUCAUCGCGGUCAUUCGGGUCUCGUUCCCUCCAGUACUGUCCAACUUCAAUCAUCCAUGAAUAAUUUAAGUCAACCAGCCAGUCCCUGUAAUUAAAAUAAUGUAAAUAUUAUUUAAUUCAAGCAAAAAUUUAUUCAAUUUUCAAGAAUCAAUUAAUUAAUAAUCCUCGGAUCGACUUUAAUUUUUUAUCUUCAAUUUUCUCGAA